AUGUUGGAAAGGUCAUCAUUCCCGUUGAAGGCAAUGAUUCGCUUCUUGUUGCUGUUCAGCAAGCAGGGAAAGCUGCGGCUACAGAAGUGGUUCACGCCAUUAACAGAUCGGGAGAAGAAGAAGGUGAUCCGGGACAUGAUGAUGAUUGUGUUGGCCCGUAAUCCGCCUUCAUGCAACUUCCUGCAAUGGAGUGACCUCAAGAUUGUCUACAAGAGGUACGCCAGCCUAUAUUUCUGCGCUGGUCUGGAGGAGCAAGAUAAUGAGCUGUUGAGCCUCGAAGUGCUGCACAGAUAUGUUGAACUGCUGGAUAAAUACUUUGGCAAUGUGUGUGAGCUGGACAUCAUUUUCAAUUUCGAAAAGGCGUAUUUCAUCUUGGAUGAAUUCUUGAUGGGAGGAGAAAUUCUAGAAACCUCCAAAGUGUCCGUGGGUGUCUCUCUGCAGGAGGCCGACGCACUCCAAGAGACAAUGGAGGAAUAUAUGAGCAAACCUUCUUAUUGA